UGGCUGGCUUGAAUCUCUUUGGAGUUUAUCUCUUUCUGAGAGGAGACGGGGGCGUGAAGAGAGAGAGAGAGAGAGAGAGAGAGAGAGAGGACCGUGAGGGGUGUGGAGACCGUUCUUCCCCAAGAUGCCGCUGCUGUAUCCAAACUUGAGAAUCUCGCAGGUAUUCGGAGCCAAUACCGAUGUCGGGAAGACUCUGCUUACAACGGCACUGGUCAGAAGUACGGCUCUCAGGUACAAAAGACAAGGUCUAGAUGGUCAGAAAGUGCUUUAUCUCAAGCCAGUCAGUACUGGACCUGAUAGCGAGUCCGAUGUCAGCUAUGUGCUUCGGAACGCUGGUGAUCAUCGGAAGAUGAUCAAAGCUGAAAAUCUGUAUCAAUAUCGCGAACCCAUGUCGCCUCAUCUGGCUGCUAGACUUGCGCGGGAUCUUCCAUUCCCAAAGGAAAACGACAUUCUCGUUCGAGCUGUUACAUCAUCUAUUCAGUCCUUCAAGUCUCAGAUAGGCUCCUCCAAAGGUUCCGUUUUCGUCGAGACAGCUGGGGGUGUCCACUCGCCCGCUCUUCAUCCACCACAUACUCAAUCUACAUUCCUUCGUCCACUGCGCCUUCCUUCCAUCUUGAUCGCCUCGCCCCAUCUAGGCGGGAUAUCUACCACACUCACAUCUUACGAAUCCCUCCUAGUCCGCGGCUACUCCAUCUCGGCUGUAUUGUGCUUGCAAGACCGAGAAAACUACUAUCGGAAUCACGAGUUUCUCUCCGAAUACUUUGGAGAAAGGGGUAUCAAAUGUUGGAGUGUACCUCCUCCACCUGAGAAGCGAGGAACACUACAAGAGGACACUACCAGGCUAGGAGAAUGGUACGAGAGUUUGGAGACGGACCAUGAGUCUGGCGUGUCGGCGUGUGUUGAUUGGUUAGAGAAAGAACACGGAGAUCGUAUUGAGGAGCUAGACGGCAUGGCAGAGCGGACACUAAACACCGUCUGGUAUCCCUUCACACAGCACGGCAUAGUCAACAAGAAGGAAGAUAUCAUGAUCGUCGAUUCGGCGCACGACGACUUUUUCGAUGCAUAUUACUCCAAACCCAAGGGCGAAUCAUCCAGACCGACCAGCGCCGACCAGAGUCUCUUGAGACCUUAUUUUGAUGGAUCAGCGUCUUGGUUCACACAAUCCCACGGGCACGCUUCUGAGCCUUUGACGCUCGCUGCUGCAAGUGCAGCAGGCCGGUACGGACAUGUCUUAUUCCCUUCCGGUUCAAACAAACCCGCUCUCGAGCUGGCCGAAAAGUUAUUGGAGACUGUCGGUCAAGGCUGGGCCGAACGCGUGUUCUAUUCCGAUGACGGAAGUACCGGUGUGGAGGUGGCACUCAAGAUGGCUCUCAGAGCUGCCGGUCGAAGAUAUGGCUGGGAUGGAGUUGAUGGAGAGGAGGUCGGCGUGAUUGGCUUGCGAGGAGGAUAUCACGGGGAUACGAUCGGCUCUAUGGAUGCCACACCCGCUUCGACUUAUAAUACAGCGGUGGAUUGGUACAAGGGACGAGGUCAUUGGUUCUCUCCUACGAUCGUCACUUACGUCAAUGGUCGACCGACAGUGUACACGACGUCACCAGAUACAUGGGCGCCAUUAGAUUCCUCAGACGCUGCAUUGGAUGCUUCAUCUGACGGAUCGGGCUGGAGCAUAGGCUUUGACAAGCUUGAUAACAUAUAUGAUCUAUCGACUAGGCUGUCUACGCCAAUGGCCGAUUACUACCGUCGACAUAUCCGAUUGACAUUCGAGGAUCUGGUCCUCAAGCAAGGCAAAAGGUUUGGCGCUAUGAUGAUCGAGCCAACUUGUCUCGGAGCUGGAGGUAUGGUCUUUGUGGAUCCAUUGUUCCAAGCGUGCCUUGUUGAGGUAGUCAGGUCGUCAUCGGACCUCUUUGGAGGGUCAGGAUCGUACAAGGAUGACUUGAGCGGCUUAGGCAAGCGAGAUACGUCUGAAUGGCAAGGACUACCUGUGAUUUACGAUGAAGUGUUCUCUGGCCUGCACCGUUUUGGGUAUCAUUCCGCCGCAUCUGUCCUACAUCACACACCAGACAUCUCGAUAUACGCCAAGAUCCUCACAGGCGGUCUCUUACCACUUGCCGCGACGUUAGCCUCUUCAUCCAUUUUCAAGGCGUUCCUUUCACCUCACAAGGUCGAUGCGUUAUUACAUGGUCAUUCAUACACUGCGAAUCCGGUCGGAUGUGCAGUCGCGUUGAAAAGUAUGGAAAUGAUGACUGGACAAACUUGGGAAGCAGAACGAGCAUUGUGGAACGGUAGUCAAAGAUGGAGUUUCUGGUCUGAAGCAUUUAUCAAAAACGUCAGCCAAGCCGAUGGUGUCAAAGGAGCUAUGGCCAUGGGAACUGUGUUCGCCAUGGAGCUAGAGGAUGCAGAAGGAGGCUACUCAUCACAUCGCGCUCAAAAUUUCUUAACAGAGCUCCGACAAGUCCAAAUCGGCUCUGAAGACGAAGUCACGCCAUUCCAGAUUCAUUCGCGUCCGUUGGGGAAUGUAGUAUACAUUAUGACCAGUUUAUUCAGCAAGCCCGAGGUGAUCAGGACGAUGGAGGGGGAGAUAAUAAAGAAGCUCUGGGAGACAUAGAGAUAUACAACCAUGAUCAUUCGCACCGCAUAAUCAAUCAGUACAAGCAUGCAUAGACCCGAAACCGAGGA